AUGUACGUUGGCUUAGUAGUCACCAUAUGUUUUGUGCUGUGUGCUACAGGAAGUCUAGGAAUGUCUCUUUCCAGGACGAAAGCGUACGAUGAAAUUCGUGCCACCAUCGUAGACGCUGAAGCUAGUUAUGGGAUGGGUGGAAAAGUGUUUCUCAACUCGGACGAAUUGCGUGUAGAUCGGACGCUGAGAGCGAUGAAAAAGAACGAAUUACAGUCAGCUGAUCGUGGUUUGCCGGCAGCAGGAAUGCAUUUUUUCGAUGCUAAACCACUGAUCGAGAAUAGUUCCAUAUAUGGCGCGUUGAAGUUAAUGCCCAAGGGCGCUAUCUUGCAUCUCCACAACUCGGCAGGCGUUUCGUCCAGCUGGGUUAUUAAGAAUCUGACCUAUCGCCAGGAAGCAAAAUUGUGUCAGGCGGAGGAUCGUUAUUACCUCACAGUCAGGUCACUAAACAACUGCCCCGAGAGUCAAACGCGCCUCAUAGCCGACAUGAGAAAGGAACGCCAGAAGGACGUAGAUGCAUUCGAUGAAUGGCUGGAAACGCUGAUCAAUAUGAAGAUGAAACCAUCCCGCUAUGGGCAAGCUACUAUCGACGAGUUGUGGGUUGAUUUUGAGCGAUGUUUUGAUGCGAUAAAAGGUUUCCUUCAGUACAAGCCGUUCUUUGAAGCGUACCAUCGACGUCUACUGCACGAGUUUCACAAGGACAACGUGUACUACAUUGAGCUACGUAUGUCUUUUUCCAAAGUGUUUGAUGCAGACGGAAAAGAGUACGGGCCACCGGAGGUGGCAUACAUGCUUUAUCGCAUUAUGGACGAUUUUCGUCGCCAAAAUCCAACCUUUCAAGGAUUAAAAUUAAUAGUAGCUAAGCAUAAGAACAUGAGCAAUGCAGAACUUGCGAGUGCUUUAAAGCUGUACGAAAGCUUAAGCACUACUUUCCCGGGGUUUGUAGUUGGUUUUGAUUUGGUUGGCCAGGAAGACAUGCAUCGGUCCUUGAAAAGCUUUGCCUCGUUGCUUCUGCAGCCUAUAUCAUCCGGACCACCGAAAUAUUUCUUCCAUGCUGGAGAAACUGUUGGAUAUCUCUCCGAAGCUGAUGAGAAUGUGAUCGAUGCUGUACUACUGGAUACUAAGCGCAUUGGACAUGGCUAUGCACUAAUCAAGCAUCCUAUCCUUUGGCACACUGUUCAACGAAAGCAAAUCGUGCUUGAAGUUUGUCCAAUCUCCAACCAAGUGCUAGGUUUGGUGCGCGAUCUACGCAAUCAUCCGGCCAGCUUUUAUGUGGCGCAAAAUAUACCGAUCACUAUCACGAGUGACGAUCCUGGAUUUUGGGAUGCCGUUGGCGUAACCUUUGACUACUAUUAUGCCUUCAUGGCAAUCGCUCCGCAAGCGGGACUCGGUUUUCUGAAGCAGCUCGUUUGGAAUUCUGUCCGCUUUAGCUCACUUAGCGAUGAGGAGCGGCAAAAUAUUACGAGCACAAUGGAAAAACAGUGGGCUUUAUUUGUUCAAGAAAUGGCAAGAGAAGCGGGUUCGGAAGCCUAA